UUAUAUUAUUUUCUUACAAUUUAUGUUUUCAGGCUAUUUAUAUGUCUCUAAUUCUGUAGAAAAUUUAUUUAACUGUGUUUCAUCAUUUCGUACCCAUGUACUUUCGAACUAUCUACAUCAUGAUACUGCUUAACAUAAUAAUAACAAUCGUAUAAUUUAGUUGUUAAGGAGCUGUUAGUAAAAGAAGGAAAGAAUGCAUUUUUUACUGUUAAAUCUAACAGUGCUAUGUUGGUUGGUAAAGAUCUGUAACAGUCUGGACAAUGGAUUGGCUCUUACACCACCGAUGGGAUGGUUAACAUGGCAAAGGUUUAGAUGUAACAUAGACUGCAAAAUAGAUCCAGAGAACUGCAUUAGUGAACAUCUUAUCAAACGUCAGUCCGACUGUUUGGUUAGUGAGGGAUAUCAUGAUGUGGGUUACGAGUAUGUUACCAUUGACGACUGUUGGUCCGAUACAGAGAGGGAUAAGAAUGGUAGACUACAACCAAACUAUGAUCGAUUCCCUAAUGGAAUAAAAAAUUUAUCAGAUUAUGUACAUUCUAAAGGAUUAAAGUUUGGUAUAUAUGCCGACUUCGGCUCCAAGACAUGUGCUGGCUACCCUGGUAGUGAGUAUCAUAUGAAACUAGACGCUCAAACAUUUGCAGACUGGGGAGUAGAUUUACUCAAGUUUGAUGGCUGCAAUUCUGAUAUCAAAGAUGCACCUAAAGGAUACCCAGCCAUGGCAAAGUAUUUAAAUAUGACAGGACGUCCUAUACUCUACUCUUGUGAAUGGCCAUUUUAUAACUGGAAAAAUGGUGUCAAGUCAAAUUUCACAGCUAUCAGGAACACGUGUAACAUGUGGAGGAAUCAUUGGGAUAUCCAGGACUCAUGGCAGAGUGUGAAAGGUGUGAUACAAUACUUUGUAAAGAGUGACAAACAGUUCCGGUCAUUUGCUGGACCUGGUGGUUGGAAUGAUCCAGACAUGUUAGUUAUAGGAAACUAUGGUUUAAGUUAUGAUGAGGAGAGAGCACAGAUGGCCAUGUGGGCAAUUCUGGCAUCACCAUUGAUAAUGAGCCUUGAUGCUUGUAAUGUGAGACCACUUUCCAAAUCCAUACUGCAAAACAAAAAUGUGAUUGCUGUAAAUCAGGACAAACUUGGAAUUCAGGGCUCUUUGAAACUAGUACAGGAAUCAGUAUACAAGCUACAGAUAUGGACAAAACCUCUGUUACCAAAGGGAAGUUAUGCAAUUGUUGUUUUAAAUCUACAUCAAGGGGGUGGACAAUUACAUGUUAAUUUCACACUAAAUGACCUUGACAUUUAUGAUUCUAAAGGGUUCAAUGUGUCAGAGACAUUUGAAGGACGACAUAUUGGAUUUUAUAAAUCAAAUGACGUAAUAAAAUGCAGAGUAAAUCCAUCUGGAGUGUUCAUGAUGACAGCAAGACCUGCAAUAACCAAUGACAGCAAUCUUAGAUUUAUAUCAAAGUAUAAACAUACUUAUGUUGGAAAGAAGGGAGAGAAAUGAUAAUACAUGUAUGUAGAAAUAUCCACAUAUAAAGGGGGACAAUUAUAAAAGGUUUAAAAGAAAGAUAUCAAAAAUAUAAUUUCAAAGAUUUUGGAAGUAUUUUGAAUAUUAUAUAAUGUAUUUGAUAUGUAGGAAUUGUCUUCCAUUUUGUUUUUAGCUUCACCUUUUUUUAAAAAAAGGUGCUGCUAUUUUUUGUACCCUACUCAUAGGCAUCUGUAUUGGUUAAUCUUUUGGUUAAGUUUAAAUUGUAACUUUAUGGGAAGGUGCAUCUUGGUGAGUUCUAUUUACACAACCCAUUUUCAGGUCAAAAGGAUGAGGUCACUGAGACCUGUAAUAACGUGACAUAAAACUGGCCAGUAAAUGAAAGUGGACUGGUCUAGAAACUUGAAACUUUGAAUGUAGAUUCACUUUUUCUACCUGCUUUCCCCAUAUUUAGAUAAAAAUGUCAGUCUCUUUUACCUGUAAUAGGGUAAGCUGUAUUUUAGAAAUAAUUCACUUCAAACUUGGUGUGCUAGUUUAAUAUCAAAAUUCAAAGCCAUCUCACAAGGACAGAUAAUUCUAGCUAUUUUUUUUGCUAAAGUUUGUUCCUUUUUUACUUAUAUUUUUUUUCGUUAAGGUUUAUUUCUCAAAAGCUGUCAAAGAUAUUUACUAUAACAUUGGAAUUGUUUUUUCACUAUCAGCAUUUAAAUAAAAAUCCUGAAAAUCUGUUUUCCUUAAUUUUAUCCCUUAUUAGUCCCCUACCGGUUUAACCGGAGGGGACUUUAGGUUUACCCUCCGUUCGUCUGUCUGUCUGUCCAUCUGUCUAUUAGUCCGUCAGUCCGUCCGUCCACAAAACUGGAUCCCGCAUUAGCGCAAAAAGUACUGAAAAUAUUUUUAUGAAACUUGAUAUAUGGAUAGAUGGCAGUAUGGAGAUUAUGCACGUCAUUUUCUUUUCUUCCUAUGUUGAAAAUUCUGGUUGCUAUGGCAACAAAUAGUCUGAAAAUAUGGCAAAUUUAACACAUAAACUGGAUCCAGUGAUAACUCAAAAAGUACUGAAAAUAUUUUUUAUGAAACUUGAAAUAUGGGUAGAUGGCAGUCUGCAGAUUAUGCGCAUCUUUUUCUUUUCUUCCUAUGUUGAAAAUUCUGGUUGCUAUGGCAACAAAUAGCCUGAAUUUCAAGAUUUCUGCUUUAAAUUUUUCAGCUUUUUCACAAUAAGUUCUUUAUUUCUUAAGGUGUUUACUUCAAACUUUAAAUAUAAGUUUCUGGUCAUCAACCACAUCAUAUGUGACAAGGUUUGCAACUCUAGCACAAAAAUUAUCAGUAUUACCUCCCUUGAACUUAGAAUUUUGUUGAAAAAAAUGUUGUCUUUUUUAAAUAACUUCUUUAUUUCCUAAUGCAUGUACUUGAAACUUCAUAUAUAUGUUUCUUAUUAUCACUCAACAUUUUUGAGAAGGUUAAAUACUCUAGCAAGACUAUUUCCAGAAUUAUGUCCCCCUUAAACUUAGAUUUUUUUUAGAGAAAUUGGUAUUUCUUCAUUCCAUAUAGGAUUUACUUUAAAAUCCUACAUCGUAAUAAUAUGAUAAGGUUGUAUAAACAUAAUUUCCUUACUAGGCAGGGAAACUUAACACAUUACUGUGAAAUAAACAAACUUAGAACUCAAAAGAUUUAAGUUCAUUCAUGUCAUUCAUUCACUUGUAAAAUUGAAAUCAGAAUGUUGCUGGGGUUCUAACCAAGGGGACUUAUGGAUUGCUUGCAAUACUAUGAUAAUUGCUUGUGUUGAUAUUGACAUAUUUUCAACAUUAAAGAAGAGUGGUGAAGCGACAGUUAGGAUAGGAUUUUAAUGAGAUUGCCUGUACAUGUAUUUUGCAAUGUAAGAAAGUUUACUUUUGUUUGUUUUUGUUUGAUUAUAAUGUAUACAUGUAUAUGGUUGUAUUCAUACAUGAUAAUAUGCAUAAUUCUAUUUUUUAUACAUGUACUUUUAUAUUUGAUUUUUUUUUUAGUAAGUAUUAUACAUAUAAAAUAUUUUUGUUGAGAAAAAACUUUUAUUAUUGAUUUUUUUUUGUAUUUUUUGUUUGUUUGUUUGUUUUUUGUUUGUUUUGUAGAAUAAUAUUUGAGAGUUUUACAGGGAAAUUUUACACAUUAAAAUUUUGUAUAAGAUUAGAGUUGAAGUUUAUGAUCAGCUCAGAUGUAGUUGAAAUUUUUGUGAUAAACCUGUUGUCAUAGCAAUCUACCUCAACGUAUCAUUGUGAGUUUUUACUAUAUGAAAAAAAUGACCAAUAUAUAUUAAGGUUUUCUUUGUUUUUAAUCAGAAUCUGUAAGCAUAAUGUCAAUUUUUAUACACAAUUGAAAGAUUGAAAUAUAUACAUAUAUAAAAACAAUUUAAAUGAUCUUUUCCUUGAAGAAUGUACUUGUCACCUAGCUGCGUUGGUGUAAAUUGGUCUAUAAUAGCAGCUAGUAGAUAUGGAUAGUCUUAUAAAAUAUUGUUUAAAAAAAUGUUGAUCAAAGUUAAGAAAGUGGUGUAAAAAUAGCCCUUACUGCCUAAGUCACAUAUAGGAAAUAUGGUGAUAAAUACUGCAUAAUCAGUCCUUAGCUGCAUAUAGCGUGCAUAGUAUUACUUGAAUAUUAAAUCUUUUUACUGUCUUAUAAUUUUAGAACAUUUUUCUUAAGUAUGAAUUUCUUGAUAUACUCGGGCUCAUCUGGAGACACCCAGCUUUAAUUUGUUAAGUCGAUUAGAAAUGAACCAGCUUUAAUAUUUUUAACCAUAUAUUGAAAUGAAGUAUUAAAUAGAUUUAUUGUUUUAUUGACAAAUGUUUUAUAGUUCAUAUUCUCUAAAGUUUGUUAAAAAUAAACUGAUGAACAAUCAAAGAUUGAUUUCUUUGUUACAUCCACCCAUAUCUAGUUACCACCCACGCAAGUGCUUAAAUGUCAAAUUCCACAUCAGGGUUAGCCCUGACUGUAGACGUGGCCAACCAUGCAUUAUUGUUGAAUUCAUUAAGAAAA